AUGUUCCAAAUUGUUCGCGAGCUGCGCUUGAGCAGCAGUUCACCCCUUCAUUCACCUCCUUCCACCAACGCACCCACCACCACCUUCCACUUGCAACAUCGCUUCCACCUCCCCCUUACGCUAACAUAUUCCCGCUUCCACUUUCCAUCCGCCAUGGCCACCCUCCGCGGUAUCUUCCGUAAGGACUCCUCGUCGCUGGUGCGAACUGCUGCUAUCUUCUCUGCUGGCGCAGCCGUCGCCGCGUCUGCCUUUGCCUUGUCCUCCAGCGGAUCGACUACCUCCUCCCGUCAAGUCACAGGUGCUCUCCCGGCUGCUGUUCCCGCUGAAUCCGCCGUGAGAUCCGUGUCCACCUCAGCAGACGGCGCAUCGUCGACUGCGUCUAAGGAGCACGUGGUGCUGGGUAGCGGCGAGUGCGACUGCGCUGCUCUCUGGGAGUGCCUUCAGACUCCCAACGCGGACUGCACACAGUUGCAGAAGGACCUGCAGGCCUGCCUCGUCGCCAAUAAGCUGAUUGCUCACGCAGCAGCAGCAGCAGCAGCAGCAGCAGCAGCAGCAGCAGCAGCAGCAGCAGCAGCAGCAGCAGCAGCAGCAGCAGCAGCAGCAGCAGCAGCAGCAGCAGCAGCAGCAGCAGCAGCAGCAGCAGCAGCAGCAGCAGCAGCAGCAGCAGCAGCAGCAGCAGCAGCAGCAGCAGCAGCAGCAGCAGCAGCAGCAGCAGCAGCAGCAGCAGCAGCAGCAGCAGCAGCAGCAGCAGCAGCAGCAGCAGCAGCAGCAGCAGCAGCAGCAGCAGCAGCAGCAGCAGCAGGGGCAGCAGCAGCAGCAGCAGCAGCAGCAGCAGCAGCAGGGGCAGCAGCAGCAGCAGCAGCAGCAGCAGCAGCAGCAGCAGGGGCAGCUUACAUGUGA